UCGGUUAUCGGAAACGGAACAACAAUAUAGAAUUUGGGGAAAAAAUGUGCGUGAGGAUAAUUCUUAAGUUAAGAUUACGUUCCACGCAUGGCAGAGUGCACAUAAAAUUUUCCCGGAACACCUGCUGUGUCUGCCAAAUUUUCAGUUUCCGUAUUAGUCACUUAAUAUUUUCUGACGUCAUGCAGCUGGCAGGUUGAAUACGACGUGGCGAUCGAAUAACAAGUGAUAGAACCUAAAUAUCUAAAAAGGAUUGCUGCCUUUUUCAGUGACUAAUAGUCACGUGAUUCGCAAGAAUGGAGUUCAACUUCACAGAACACCAGCAUGUUAGGUAUAAUCCUCUUAAAGGUGAAUGGAUUUUGGUGUCACCUCAUCGUCUAAAGAGGCCUUGGAGUGGUCAGGUUGAAUCAACUCAUGAAGACCCAAUCCCUCCUUUUGAUCCAAACAAUCCACUUUGUCCCGGAGUUAAAAGGCCUAAUGGUGAGAUAAAUGCAGAGUAUGACUCAACCUUUGUGUUUGAGAAUGAUUUCCCCGCCCUAUUACCUGAUAUCCCUGAAGCAAGUGGUGCUAGCCAAACAAACGAAGAACUGUUCAAGUUCGAACCUGCUAGGGGAACUUGUCGUGUCAUGUGCUUUCAUCCCAGAUCUGACCUGACAAUUCCAUUGAUGAGCAUAGAAGAAAUCAAAGCCAUAAUUCACGAAUGGAUUAAGCAAGGGACAGAGUUGGGCGUCAAAUACGAUUGGGUGCAGAUAUUCGAAAAUAAAGGCGCCAUAAAUGGCUGCUCCAACCCGCAUCCGCACUGUCAGAUAUGGGCAUCGUCUUUUAUGCCCAACGAGCCGAGGAUCAAAGACGUGUACCAGCGGGAAUACUACGAAGCGCACGGAAGACCUUUGCUACUCGAUUACGUCAAUGCCGAGUUGAAGAAGCAGGAGAGGAUCGUUGUGCAGAAUCAUCAUUGGUUAGUUGUAGUUCCGUGGUGGGCAACUUGGCCGUACGAGACGCUUUUGGUUCCUCUGCGUCACGUGACACGGAUGUGCGAUUUGACGUCGGAGGAGAUCCACUCAUUGGCUGAAAUAAUGAAACGGCUAACAACAAAGUACGACAAUUUGUUCCGAACUUCUUUCCCGUAUUCCAUGGGGUGGCACGGAGCGCCGACUGGUCGCAAGGCCAACUCCAACAAUGAACACUGGCAGUUGCACGCGAUGUAUUAUCCGCCGUUGCUGCGCUCCUCCACCGUCAAGAAAUUCAUGGUCGGGUACGAGAUGCUUGGCCAGGCGCAGAGAGAUUUAACUGCAGAACAAGCGGCUCAAAAGCUGUUCAGUCAACCGGACGUCCAUUACAAAGCCGAUGAAAAUGUGAAAUAGAAAAAAAAUCGUCAUCGUUUUGUUUGGAGUACAGAACAUUGAUAGCCACAUGAAAAACGGAUGCAAGUACUGCUGUGGUUUCCCGCAAAGGAAAAAAUAGCUAUCCAGUUGCUGGCUGCCUCCUUUUAUAUCUUAUCCGGAAAUAAACGGAUUGUUUAUUGAUUGGUUUCAAUUAUUCGAGAGAAGAGGCCGGGAGGGAGAAAAAAAAAAUGAGGAAAAACGAAAGAGAGAUUAAUCAAGCAAUUCUGGCAGUUAGUGACGUCUUUGCAAAGAUACGGUUUUGUGUGUUUGUGCCGAUGAUCGAUUUCUUUUCUCUCAGAAGAAAAUCCUUCAUGGCGGCUGUCUACGAUUUCCUAUUCUCAUGUCAUUCUCAUGGUUUCAUUUGAUACACUGGAUUAUUUACAUUUA